UCUCAGUCUGACGCUCCUCUGCUUUGCUGCAGCACACACCCUCACACACAAGGCUCUUCUCGCCCUCGUUUCUCCCGCCGCUUGCAAACAUGGUCGAUGCUUUCGUGGGCACAUGGAACCUCAAGGAGAGCGAGAAGUUUGAUGACUACAUGAAGGAGCUGGGUGUGGGCUUUGCCACACGUAAGGUGGGCAACUUGACCAAACCCACGACCAUUAUCUCUGUGGACGGGGACACGGUGACAGUGAAGACACAGAGCGCCAUUAAGAACACGGAGCUUUCCUUCAAACUGGGAGAGGAGUUUGAUGAGACCACAGCCGAUGACAGGAAGGUUAAGUCCAUAGUGAAAAUCGAGGAUGGCAAGAUGGUGCACGUGCAGAAGUGGGACGGCAAGGAGACCAGUCUGGUUAGGGAAGUCGAUGGAGACAAGCUCACACUGACGCUUACAAUCGGGGAGGUUGUGUCCAAGCGUCACUAUGAGAAGGCAGUGUAAAAAAACCUCUGACCUGCAUCAGCUGAAGCCCCAAAACUCCUUUAACACAACUCAGACUCAAGGCAAACUCCCCGUCUGGCUGCUGGCUACCUCCAGUGUCGCCCUCUGACUGUACUUUCAGUAUUAUUGUUACUGCUGACCUUGACACCAGGCCUUUUAUCCCAAGAAACACUGAGGAAAUUCCAAUGAUUUGUUGUUGUUUUUGUUUUUUUAAAUAAAAACUCCUGAUCUUUUGGGUGAAAUGUAUUUUGGUUGGUGUCUAACGUGACACUGGGCAGCUUUGGAAAUCAAAACGUUUCUUUGUUGAGAAAUAAAAAUGUUGCCGCUGGCAAAA